GCGGGCGCGCGCGAUGGGCGCCUUUCGGCUGCGGGAGUGAGUGGAGGAUGCUGGGAAGGAGGUAACAUGGCCACCGGCGGCGGCGGCGGCAGCGCGGAAGAGGAGAGGAAGCGGGCAAGGCCCCAGCUCCUGCCUCUGGCGCGGCCAGCGGCGGCCCGAGGUGAGGAGGCCGACGGCGGCCGCGAGAAGCUGGGCUGGGCCCAGGUGGUGAAGAACCUGGCCGAGAAAAAAGGCGAGUUCCGCGAGUCUCGGCCGCCGCGGCGGGAGGAAGAAGGCGGCGCGUGCGGCGCGGGUGGCGGGCUCAGCGCCCCCGCAGGCCUGGCGGUACCGAGCCUCGGCGACUUCCCUCCGGCCGGCCGCGGCGACCCGAAAGGCCACCGGAGAGACCCCUCCGGAGAGGGGGUAGACCCCCGCAAGAAAAAAGCGGGCGCCGCCGAGGCGGGCAGGAGGAAGAAAGCCGAGACGGCGGCGAUGAUGGCGACCCCGGCGAGGCUCGGCGCGGCCGAGGACGACGCGGAGCCAUCGGUCCAGGAGGAACAGGCGGCGGCGGCUGGGGGCCCGGGCAAGGGUCGCUUUCUGGUGCGUAUCUGUUUCCAGGGAGACGAAGGCGCCUGCCCGACCCGGGACUUUGUGGUGGGCGCGCUCAUCCUGCGUUCCAUCGGCAUGGACCCGAGCGACAUCUUCGCGGUCAUUCAGAUCCCGGGCAGCCGCGAGUUCGACGUGAGUUUCCGCUCGGCGGAGAAGCUGGCCCUGUUCCUCCGCGUGUACGAGGAGAAGCGCGAGCAGGAGGACUGCUGGGAGAACUUUGUGGUGCUGGGGCGGAGCAAGUCCAGCCUGAAGACGCUCUUCAUCCUCUUCCGGAACGAGACGGUGGACGUGGAGGACAUCGUGACCUGGCUCAAGCGCCACUGCGACGUGCUGGCCGUGCCCGUGAAAGUGACCGAUAGGUUUGGGAUCUGGACCGGGGAGUACAAAUGCGAGAUCGAGCUGCGCCAGGGGGAGGGCGGUGUUAGGCACCUGCCGGGGGCUUUCUUCCUUGGGGCUGAGCGGGGUUACAGCUGGUACAAGGGGCAGCCCAAGACGUGCUUUAAAUGUGGUUCCCGGACCCACAUGAGCGGCAACUGCACGCAAGACAGGUGCUUCAGGUGUGGGGAGGAAGGGCACCUGAGCCCUUACUGCCGAAAGGGCAUCGUAUGCAACCUCUGUGGGAAGCGGGGACACGCGUUUGCCCAGUGUCCCAAAGCAGUUCACAAUUCGGUGGCUGCAGCGCAGCUCACCGGCGUGGCCGGACAUUGAACGCCCGCCUGUCGGUCCGUCCGCCCGCCCGCCCGCCCUCGUGAACACUAAAGCCAGCUUACCCCACCCCCUUAAGUGCCAAAACCCUUUUUUCAAACCGUUUUUUAUCAUUUUUGAAGGAGAUAUUUUAAAAACCUACGAGAGACAUCUCUAUGCCUUCUUAACACCGAGUUUGCUGCAUUUGCGGAGCUGUUGAGUUGGUGACUUCCGUCAGCAGCAGCCACUACGGAAAGUUGGAGGAGCGUGCAGACACGGUUGUCCCCUCCCUCGUUUUUUUUUAAACUCUAUUUUCGUUUUUGUAUCUCGGGUUUCCUUUAUUAUUUUUUAUUAUUUUUAUUAUUAUUAAUUUUUUUUUUUUGGUACCAAACUGCCCAGGCCUUGUCUUCUCCCCCGAUUGUUUUCAACCCUUGUGCUGCCAGGCCCCGCACUAGGUUAGGGAGCCCAGCACGUGGUAGGCACUCCAUCAGUGUUUGUUGAAUUGAAAACAGUCAGUGUGUCUGCCUUGCGCAGCUCCCUCCCCCAUCCCCCUAUCACUUGCUGCUUCCGUGGUCUGAGAAUCUGUGAAAUCAGUGUUGUUAGAAGUGUAUAUUCUCUGAAUCAAUAAGCUCUGAAUGGUGGCCAAGGGCCUCUCUAAUGGCAUAAGAAAUGGGUGGACUUGGGACAGCUCUGUGCGUGGCUCCAAAGCCGGUGUUUCAUAGGAUUCUGUGGCCUGAGCCUUGGUCCAGAACACAGUAGUCCCCUGGGAAGGUAGCCAGCGCUGGCUCGAAGUCACACAGCUGUCUAUUGCCCGAGUGAGCCUCUAGUGGAGUUCCCUGCCCCCAAGCCCGGUGCUCAUCCCACUACCUCUCACACUUCACAACAAUUUCCUCAACCUUUGUGGGCCCAACAGGCUCAUCUCUCCAGAAUGUGCCCGGAGUUGCUGAGAAGUCAUCCGGAAGGGGCUUUGCACUGCCUGGGUGUAGGUGAUAUCCAGGGCUCACGGCUUGCUUCCCAAGGUACCACCUGUGGAUUCAAGUAUGGCUGGGACCCUUGGAGGCCUCCCCCUUUCCCGCUCAUUUCAUUGCCAUCUGUGAGAAAUGGGGGUGCCCUGCCCUGCCCAGGUCCACUCGUGCACCCUGAGCGGCAGCUCCACAGCGACCUCUGACCUCCUGCCUCCGGACACAGGCCGCUUUCCCCCAGAAUUAUGAGUGGACAGUUCACACUGAACCGUUCUUGGGAAACAGGCCAGAGGGCAUGGUCAACUAAGUGUUAAUUAAGUUCAAGUAGAAAAGGCAGUACACUGCUUUUUAAUUUUUGUUUAUCCUUUGCUACAUGUUUUGCUAUUUUCUCGUGGCUUAGAAUGUAAAAUCAAUGGUUGAAAGUUUUGUUCUGAAUAAAUAUUUAUCUUUUGUAUUGCUGA